AUGGCGGCAAACGACCGCCUGUCUGGCCUGCUCAUGACGCUCGCCGGCGGCGCGACCAUCCUCACCCUCCUCUACUCCCAACCUACCAACGACUUGCCCUCACCACUGUCUCCGCACCGACUCGAAAGUGAACGAGAUACUGUCACUACGAAUAAUACGAGUCAAAGCGUACCGCCCGCCUCUAUGCCCUCGGCUGCCGACACUUGCCCCAAUGACCAGUCCCUGGCUUGGAACCAAUGCAAAAGCCCGACCACCCCGGAAGCCACCAUCACAUCUACUGUUCCGACUAUCGAGUCCGCCUAUGUCCCUUCCUCAGCUGCCGUACCGCUCUCCAUAAUCCUGGCUCUCCUCUGCGAUCACGCAUUCUCGAUCGUGGACUUUGCACUGUCUUUCCUGCCGUACCUCUCCACCGGACGAUUUCGUCAAGCUUCUAAGCUGGCUUGCAGGAAGGUGAAGCCGGCUUUGGCUUUUCUACGAGUGCUUCUAUUGCAAGCUCUUGAACUUCAGGGGUUCAGCCUCAAGGGGUACAAUCUUGUCUUUGCACUUGUGUUGUACUCGGCACUGCAGAUCGUUCUCUUGCGCGUCUACGCAGCAUUUUUGCUCCGUACCAACCGCUGGGUCUGGGAAAAGGAAGACUACUUGAAAGCGAUCAGACUUCGAGACGCCACGAUAGCGGAGCUGCGGGAGCAAAUGGAAGUCGACCACAGAUCUGCAAUAGCAGCAUUAGAGAGCGAGAGCGACUCAUUCUUUGAAGCGAGGAAGGAGAUCGAAGAGCAGGAUUCGGUCAGACAAAUGGAAUUCGACCAGAAGAAGGCAGAUCUUGACGCGUGCUCUUUGAGUGAAACCCGUUACUGGCGGUAUGUGCUCCGGAACCAGGAGAACGCGGACAAGGACAAUCGACGAAGGAUGCAGGAUCAGUUCAAUGAAGAAAACAAGGUCAACGAGCAGGAGAUUGAACGGCUCCAAGACAUGUGCUCGUCAAUCCCGGAUCUGCAGUCUCAAACCGACUCUCUUACUAAGACAUUUGCGAACCUUGAGUCUGAGAAAGCCGCUCUCCAGACGAAAAUUCAGAAUCUGCAAUCUCGAGAAGACACAAAUGCUGAUAACUACGCCGAAUUGUAUUCCCAGCACGAGGAUCUGGAGUCGGAGUGCGAGGCAAGAUUGGCAAAGGCCUUCAGCGGCUUGAAAAACUCGCUUGUUCAAACUGGAUCGGAGGAACCCAAAGGAAUGGUACCCACUCCGAGGUACUUCGAGAUUCACGGCGAGCUUCCAGAACAUUGUAGGCUACUCACGCAUCAAGACAUCAGUGACGAGCGAAAAAAGAUCUUCGCGAUCAUCAAGGGUUCGCUCAAAGCAAAUCCAGAAGCGCAGAUCAAGAAGGUGUCUGCGAUCAAGAAGUACUACAUCGAAUACGGUGAACUUCCUGCGGGCGUGCAACUGCAGCAGGCUGUGCCGGACAAAGCAGAUUCGCCUAUCCGUGCUCCUCAAGAUGCCAGCACUGGACCUUCGCGCCUUGAACCGCGUGCAUCCCCGCAUCCUAUAGACGGACAGCCGGAUAUGUCCCGUGUUGGACCUGGUCGCCUUGGCUUUAGCGCGAACUUCGGUCGAGGCAUUCCUGACCCUCCAGCGCCUAAUUGGUCCACUAUAAGAAGUCAAUCAACUGGCAAUCGUCCGCCGGUAGUAUUGGCGCGGAACGUAGCUUCUGACGGCACUCAACUCAGUAGCAAGGCUGGGUCUGGUAUGGAUGCGCCAGCGCUUUUGGGAGGCCAACCUGACGUCGCUCUCAACGGAAGCUUGACCAAAAAUGAAGUCAAGCCCACAGAGCCAGAGCUAGAGCCCACGGACACACAGUCAAGCAUGCCCGUUGUAGCUGAAGGCGGCGGCCUCAACUUUGGCGCGGACUUGGCUCAAGCCACUCCUACUCAACCGGAUCCCGCUGAUGUUUUGACGAAAGCAUUCCGGUCACUAGCCCUCGGUUCGAAUAGCACAAGCGCCAAGAAGGCAGCUACUGGUCUCUUCGAACCCGGCAGCGGCAGUUUCAGCCAGCUCGGAUCUGGCAUGGAGAUGCCACUCCAUGCCACAACUUGUUGA